AUGGCCUUAAAUUCUGUCCUUGGCCAAGCGCUCUCUAGAAACAAGGCGUUUGAGAAGGUGGACCUGUGGAAAGAGCGCGAGAUUCAGGACAAAGGUAGCCGAUGCACCAUUUCGUUGAAAAGCCGAAAGGGUGACGUUGUCCGCCAAGUUACCAAGGUUCCUGAAGGUGCUGAGGUGACGAGCAAUGUGGUGAACCAGUUUGAGACAGAUAGAGAAGAGAAUGCAGCCAAGAAGGAGGAUGAACUGUUGGCCCGACUCGCCAACGGCAAGGAUCCAGCUUGGCGUCCUGACCAAUACCUCUCCCAACUCAAGGGCAAGGGGACUUCGAAACUGAAGCUGCGACCUGAUUUCUUGCGUAUGGACCCUGCGUUCUUGCAGAAGGUCGUUGCAGAGUACAAGGCUCAGAAAAAGGCUGCGAAGAAGAAGAAAAAGAAGAAAAAACAAAAGAAGGAGAAAAAGGCAGGAAAGAAGGACAAGAAGGAUAAGCAGCUUGGAAAGACAGCAAAGAAGGAGAAGAAACGCAGCAAAGCCGGAGAAGCAAGCCACGAUGACGUGCCGGGCGAAGAAGUAAAGAAGGAGCGUCACGAAGUGAAGGAAAAACGUAGAAAGCGAAUCAUGCUCGAUGACGCUGGUCAGCCUACUGGGAAAGAAGAGCUUGAGGUGCUCGAGGUCAGAAGCAAAAUCACUGUGAGCCGAAAGCACGCCACACGGGAUGUCGAAGCUGACACAAUGGACGAGGUUGUGGUCCCAUGCUGGCACCUAGGCGGUAGCUCAGAGUCAUCGAGCUCAGACAACGACAUGGAGGAAUGCCCGAGUGACGAGGUAGAAGAGGACGGCGACCUCUUUGGCUUACAGUGGAAUCGUCGCUUCAGCAAGAAGUCUAGCAAAGCCAAAAGCAAGUGCCGACGGCCGAACUGCGAUGCCGCAAGGGCUGCUGCAAGCACGAUGGCGCGGCAUCGGAGCAGCGCCUCCUACGCAGCCACCCGAAAGACUCUCAAGGUCAUGACGGAGCCCUGCUCAGACAAGGCCAUAAAGCCAACAGCUAACAUGUCAAAGGGGAAGCAGAAGAAGACGAAAGAAUCGGAGGUCAAGACUGAGCGAAGUGGUCAUGAAAAGAAGAGCAAAGGGAUUCUGUCGCAGCUGGACAAGGCACGCGCCAAACGAGCGAGGCAAAAGCGCCGGAAGACGGCGCGGGAAAAUGCCAGAACAAAGGACCCCGAAGAAGCAUCGUCGUAUUUAGCGGCGUGGAAGGCGCACCAGGAUUUGGGAACCGCUUGGCGGUUCAACAAAGCCACCCAGGCUUGGCUGCUCCGUCACGCAUACGAACCAGAGCUGGUUCCCAAAAAGGUUUUCCAGCUCCUGCUGAGAUACCUGGCUGGCUUAAGUGGUGCCGCUCGUGAUCGUGCUGUGGCAGAAGCAGGUGCUCUUGUGACUUUGCAAGGCGCCGAAGUGCCCAAG